GAUGAUCUUUUAACUGGUCUUUGGUCAUUAAUUUAAUGUAAUCAUUGAUAUGGCUGUACUUAAGUCAAUUAUCUUGCUAUUUGUCUUCUAUUUGUGCUGUAUGCUCUUUGUUCAUUUUUUCCUUUCUGCAUGCCUUUUGAAUUAAUCAGGCAUUAUUUGGUAUCCCAUUUAUUCUUAAUUAUACCUUUUGACUUUUUUAAAAAAAGUGUUUGCUCUAGAGAUUACAAUAUAUAUCCAUUGCCCUCAGUGAGAAGUUCACAGUCCUUAACAGGGUUUAUUAAGAUUCAUGACCUGAUCCCUGAUCGUUAUCUCCAACCUUUCUCCUGAACCCUGCAAGCUCCGGGGGUCGGUAUUAGGCUUGUUGCAGUUCAUUAAUGUUCCACACGGACUGUAACCUUCAAGGCUCUAUCAAAGGCUUUCUUCUGCUUCCAACACCCCACACUCCAGCUAGCUAACUAGGACUCAAGCAUCACUUCCUAAGUGUUUAGGGUGAAUGAAUGUGUGUGUAAGGCUUCCUGUAUGGGGCCAAUGCAUGUGUGUGUGUGUCAGGGAAGGGGGCAGUGGUGUUAAAUCUCCCUGCCGCAUGCUUCCCAGGCACCCAGUAAUCUUUCUUAUUAGUUAGCACAUUUGUAUGUCUGCCUUCCCAGUCAACCAUGCAGGCCCGCUGUUUGUUUUGCCAUCACUGUAUCCCAGCACUUUGCAGAGAUCUUGCAUGACAGAGGCAUUCAAUAAGACUACUUACCUGAAUUAAACAGAAUGAUAUGACUUAAAUGGAGAGAACUGGCUUAUUUUACAUAGAGGAACAAAAAGUCUUGAGAGCUGCUCAAGGUCACAAUGUUAGUGGCAAGGCCAAAGCGAAGACAAGAAGUGGAGUGAUCCGGAGACAGCCAAGUCUUCCCAGCCAGAUCUGUACUGAUGGAUCCUGCUCAUUGCUUUUCAUGGAGAAAAGGAAACUUUUCCUACUCAAAGGCUCGGCGCGGGCCUGGGACCUUGCCAAAGUGCAGGGCCCCAGGCAGAGUUCACCAGAUGUUCUGUAGAACGGAAAGAGGAGAAAUUACAAACUCAGGUCAAAAGCUUUCAAAGGGGAAGGAUGUUUUCAGGAUGCCCUUAAUCGGAAUUAAUGUAAGUCCGGAAAGCCUUUUCCAUGGGCCGCAACCAGGCAUACAUUUGUCCAGUAACCUCGGUGACUCUGCCUGUAAAUGGGGACACUAAGGCCGGGGGGCAGAGGGAGGGGCCCCCGUGUGCCAGGGGCGGGGAGACCGGGGCGGGAAGGCCGCCAGGGCGCUGAGGCCGCAGAGAGCGGAGGUGGCAGCGGGCGGCCCGUCCCUUCCAGGCGGAGCUCUGGCCCUGGGCCCCCUCCCCUUCCGCGGCUUCCCCUCCCCGCCCCACGGUGCUGCAGCGUGUGCGCUCCCUGCGCGCAGGCCACACCCGGGCGUCCUGCGGCCUAGGGCGCAAGUUGACGAACCGUGCCCGGAACCUUCUGGGAAGCCCGACCCGGCGUGGACGGUCCCGAGUGCGAGUGCCUGGGCCCGGGUGCCCUGCGCACAGCGGCGGAGAGCGAGUCCGGGCGAGGAUUCGGACACAGACUGCGCGUGCCUGAGUGCCGGCGGCGGCUCCUCCAGCUCCGCAAAUGUUCAUGCUCCCUCAGAAGGACUCCGGGACACCUACCACCUCUCCGGGUUCACUCUCCACACAGGGCCUGCACAGUAACCAUGGGGAUGGUCUGGAAAGAGAAGGCUCUGGAAAACCAGACCAGAAGCCGCUGAAGCUCUAUGGAGUGGGUGAUCCCACUGCCAUGUUCUCCUCCGACAGCCCCUACCUGUCCUCUAGAGGCAGCAUCAUUAAAUGGUUCUGGGAUUCAGCAGAGGAGGGCUACAGGACCUACCACAUGGAUGAGUAUGAGGAUGAGAACCCCAGUGGCAUCAUUAACUUGGGCACCAGUGAGAACAAACUCUGCUUUGACCUGCUGUCCAGGCGGCUGAGUCAGAGCGACAUGCUGCGGGUGGAGCCGUCCCUGCUGCAGUACCCUGACUGGAGGGGACAUCUGUUCCUCCGGGAGGAAGUGGCCAGGUUCCUGUCUUUCUACUGCAGGAGCCCCGCACCCCUUAAACCAGAGAACGUCGUGGUUCUGAAUGGCUGUGCCUCUCUCUUCUCCGCUCUGGCCACAGUACUGUGUGAGGUGGGGGAGGCUUUCCUGAUCCCUGCCCCUUACUAUGGAGCCAUCACGCAGCAUGUGUAUCUCUAUGGCAACGUCCGACUGGUCUGUGUCUAUCUGGACAGUGAGGUCACUGGGCUGGAGACACGCCCCUUCCAGCUCACAGUGGAGAAGCUCGAGAUGGCGCUGGAAGGAGCUAAUUCUGAGGGUGUGAAGGUCAAAGGCCUCAUCCUCAUCAACCCCCAGAACCCUCUGGGUGAUGUCUAUUCCCCAGGAGAGCUGCAGGAGUACCUGAAGUUCGCCAAGAGGCAUGAGCUGCACGUGAUGGUGGAUGAGGUCUACAUGCUGUCCGUGUUUGAGGAGUCGGUUGGGUACCACAGUGUCCUGAGCCUGGAAAGGCUGCCUGACCCCCAGAGGACCCACGUGAUGUGGGCGACCAGCAAGGACUUCGGGAUGUCUGGGCUCCGCUUUGGCACGCUGUACACAGAAAACCAGGACGUGGCCACUGCGGUAUCCUCCCUCUGCCGCUAUCACGGCCUCAGUGGCUUGGUCCAGUAUCAGAUGGCACAGCUGCUCCGGGACCGUGACUGGAUCAACCAAGUGUACCUGCCGGAAAACCACGCCCGGCUCAAGGCUGCUCACACCUAUGUCUCGGAAGAGCUCCGGGCCCUGGGGAUCCCCUUCGUGAGCCGUGGGGCCGGCUUCUUCAUCUGGGUCGACUUGAGGAAGUACCUGCCCGCGGCCACCUUUGAGGAGGAGAAGCUGCUCUGGCGCCGCUUUUUGGAUAACAAGGUGCUGCUGUCCUUUGGCCAAGCCUUCGAGUGCAAAGAGCCUGGCUGGUUCCGCUUGGUUUUCUCUGACAAGACCCACCGGCUUCGCCUGGGGAUGCAGAGGGUCCGGCGGGUGCUUGAGGGCAAAUCCCAGGUGGCAGAAGACGCCCCUUCCUGCUAGACCUAGGAGCCGAGGGGUCCGCACAGGGAAACAAGUCAAAGGAGCAACACACGUUAAGAGAGCGUUUGCCCCCAAAAGAAAGAAGAGUGAUGAUUUCUACAAGGAGAAAGGAAUUAAUUCUGUAUGUUCAGAUUACUCUCCCUGCACAUAGGAUGUGUGGGCCUACAGCACACCUGGGACCUGGGACAUGGGACCAGCCCCCGCGUGGGCCGAGGUGAACGGGUCCCCGGCGGGAGUCAGGAGGGGCGACUCUAUCUCCAGGAUACUCUUCUUCCUGGGAAGGAACUGCCUUUACUGCUGGUCUUGAACCAGAGCGACCUAGCCGUGACUGUGCUGGGAGAUGAUGGGGCCCUGAACGGAGGCUGCUAUGGGGACAAGCUCUGACCCAGGCUGGCCUUUCCACCUUAAGCAUCAAAGGGCCGCUCACCCCUUCCCCAGGGGUGCUUUAGUUCAGAGCUCCAAGGAGCUUUCUGAACCAGCCUUAAAGCUGUGGGCUGAGGACCCUUCUCAGGUGCCGACACUGCUGUUUGGAAAAGCUAUCUUCCUCUGUUCUUCUGUUUAGAGCAUGUUGGUGAAAUCAGCGUUUACUUUCUAUAAACCAUGCUCUAUGGCUUAGGAUUUGUCUUCCUCUUUCUGCCUUUCAUUCAUUCCUCCUUCCUCCCUGUCUUUUCUUGAAUACCUUGUACGUGCCGGACACUGUGCUAGGUAAUUUACAUGCAUCGUUUCUAACUCUAACCACCGUGGGAAGCUGGCAAUAUUAGCCCUCAUUUUAGAGAUGAGGAAACUGAGUCUCAAACAGAUGAAAUGAUGUUUCUGAAGUUACAUAGCUAAAAAGUGUCAGGGCCAGGAUUCAAGUUCAGGUUGGUUUGGUUCACAAUCUUUCCACUCCGCCAAACCACAGUCCCGAAGGAUUCUUUGACUUUUCCAGUCCUGAGAACCAGGCUUCAUGCUGUCAUCGUUUCACCUUCCAUUAUUUUUCAACAUCGUUGGCUAAGUAGCACUCGUUUCUACUCCCACUUCCAGGAUACGUUGAUGCCAGGAUUUGCUGUACUGGGAUGCCUGCCGCUUUUCAGGAGGUCAGAACAGAAUGGCCACGUUGACGGCCCUACACGUCCUCUCCAGAGACCUCUGUUGUGACGCUGCCACUGUUGUUGAGGGUCCCCUGUGAAGGACCCACGUGAUGAAUUCCAUUUAGAAUUUUCAGAAGGAUGACUCCUAGCUCUCCCUUAGAGGGAAUCCAAGCAGGUUUCCUAGCAGAGGCUGACUAAACUAGGAAUCUGGAUCUGAACUGAGCUCAUUGGUUUGAGUAGAGCUGGCUUGUGCUCUGCUGAAUGGCUGUGUUCCAUAUGUCUCCCUUUCUGGAGCAUGGACUGGACAUAUCCUACACCCACCUCACAUCUUCUCUGCUCACCUUUCUGCUCUGCCAGUUACUACAGCCAUCAGAUUUUGUGUUCUCUCCUUCUCUUUUCUUCUCUUUCCUCUGUGUGGCUUCAUUUUCAGACAUGCUCCAUUCAGAUGGUGGCAAGAUGGCUUCCAGGCAGCUCCAGGUUACAUGGUCCUUGUAGUAGACACCUACAGGGUAUUAGCAGGAUAGACACCCUUUCUUCCUCAGCAUUCAUUUCUCUCCUGCCAUAGGAGGCCAGCAGGCCUUACCUCAAUCUUCUGCCCAUCCAGGGGAACCCAGGUUCUAUUCAUCUGUCCACUCUGCCAUCCUUAGUGGGUUGGCUUUUCCCCUUCAAGCUUAUUUCCUCAUUGUCUCAAUAUGGCUACAGAAGCUCCAAACAUCACCUCCUCACCAACCACUUCCAGACACAGAAAAGAGAGUAUGUUUUUCUGUUGCCUCCUUUUCAUUUUAUUUCAUUCAUUUAAAAAAUAUUUGUUUAAGCCUCAGAUUUGUAGUAGUUCUUUGUAUGUCUGGAAAUGAGUAUUUAUUUUGCCAGAUACUCUUCAUUUAUUAACAUUCACUUUAUCAUUUUCUUUAUUCUCCUCCUGAACAUGGAAAUGACCUUAGAACACUUAACUCUCACUCCUUUAUUUUCAUCUCCUGCCAUAUUGUUGACUAGUAUUUUAGUUAAUGCCUCUUUGUUGUAGUUGUUUUUUUCUUCCUCUGGAAAUUGUGCUUUGAAAAGUCAUGACAACCCCAGUUUGGUCGAAGACCUGGUCAAAUAGAACCUCCAGUUCUGAUGUGAAUAUUUCUAACAAUAGUUCUAAGGCUUCAAGACUCUCAACAGGAUAUUUAAUGUUUGACACCAUGUUUUCUCAGACUCCAUCACCCUAUGUCAAAAUUUAGGGCAUUGUUUUCCCAUAAAGAGUCUGAAAAAGAGUUCAAAAGAAACUGAGAAUAGUAGUUGCCUAUGGGGUAGGGAAACUGGGAGGAUGGGAAACAAGGACAGAAGUGAGAAUUUUUACUCUUUCUUUCACUUUAAUGGUUCUCCUGGGUUUGUUUUAAUGCUUUUUGUUUUUAAAACCACAUGAAAGCUGUAUACAGUAAAAAAAGAAAUAAACUUAAAAAUUCUAUUUAGAGAAAGUACCUAGGAGAGUUACAGAUACCAUCUAGGUCUAGUACUGGUCUCAGAUGUCUUUUGAGCUUCUGCUAAAACACUGCAUUCAAUUAAUUUUUAAAAACUGAAGUAAAGUUUACCUACAGUGAAUUGGGCAGGUCUUAACUGUAAGAUUCAAUGUCCUUGACAUAUAUACAUACAUCUGUGUAACUAAUAUCCUAUCCCCGUCAUGAUGUGGAACAGUUCUAUUACUGCAGAAAGUUCCUUCAAGCUCUUAUGUAAGUCUCCCAAUCUCCUACAGGCAGCCACCACUCUGAUUUCUAGCUCCAUGCAUAAAGUUUCCCAAAGGAAUCAUAUAGCUGUUCCCUUUUGUGUCUGGGUUAUUUUGCUCAGCUUCAUGUUUUAGGGUUCAUUUACAUUUACAUGUAUCAGUACUACAUUCUUUUCUCUCUAUGUAGUAAUAUCCCCUUUUCACUCCUAAUAGUGGUAACUUUUGCUCUCUCUGCUUUUGUUUUUGUCAUGAACAGUCUUGUAUUGGUUUUAUCAAUUUUACUAGUUUUUCACAAUGAACUAUUACUUUUGUUAAUUCUAUUGUAUUUUUGUUUUCUAAUUUGUUAAUUUUUUUUCUUUAGGUGUUUAUAUGAGUACAUGGGACCUAUAAUUUUUGUAUAAAGGGAAAAUCAUCAUUUUUUGCUCCUUUCUUCUGCCAUUACUUUUCCCCCCUCACCUGCCAAAGCUACUGUUAUUCCCUAAUUUAAAGAAAAAGUACAAAAUAUGUGCAUCUUAUUGUACAUAAAUUUUAUCUCAUAAGAAAAAAGGAACUGCAAAAUAUUGAUCUCCAGUUAAUGAUAUGCAUUCAAUAAAAUAUUCAGAUGUAA